AUGAGUGACCCAGUAGCCCGUAAAGACCUUACCAAGCGGCUGCUUCCUUCCAUGACUCUUGCGAACGGCAUCGGAUCUCUACCUUCUGCAGCUCAAGCACGUACAGCUUCAACUUCAGAUGAUUCUUCGACAAGAUUUCACGUCCCUGGUGUUGCAGUUGUUACCGGAGGGCUGGGGGUCAUUGCAUUGACUGUUGUUCGAGCACUGUUGCAGCACGGCCUGACUGGACUGAUGCUGCUUGACCUUGACGUGACUUCGGAGUCUGCUAUGAGCAAACUUGGUGAUCUUAGGAAAGAAUUUCCGGAAAGGACAAUUGAGGCAGCGUCUGUGGAUGUAUCCGAUGAAGAAGCUGUAGGACAUAUCAUGACUUCAACAGUCGAGAAGCUUGGCGCCCUUGAUUACCUCGUUUGCUUCGCGGGUAUAGUCAACUGCACUCAUGCCCUUGAUCUCUCACCCAAAAUCUUCAGGAAGCUUCUUGAUGUCAAUACAACGGGGAGCUUUAUCUGUGCACAAGCUGCAGCAAGAGAAAUGGUCAAAGCCAACACCGGCGGCCGCAUCAUUUUUAUCGCCAGCAUAUCAGCCCAUAGCGUCAACUAUCCGCAGCCGCAAGUUGCAUAUAACACAUCCAAGGGAGCUCUGUUAAUGCUAAAAAGUAGUCUCGCGGCAGAGUGGGCGCGAUAUGGAAUUACUGUGAACAGCAUCAGCCCUGGAUACAUGGAAACUAUUCUGAACGAGGGACAGGGACUAGCAGAUGCAAGAAGGUCAUGGGCCGAGAGGAAUCCGAGUGGAAGAAUGGGAAUGCCUGAAGAAUUGAGUGGAAUGGUUGUUCUAUUAUGUUCCAAGGCUGGAAGUUAUAUCAACGGGUCCGAUAUGGUUGUUGACGGUGGAGCAAUAGUCUUUUGA